AUGAAGGUCAAAGAAGAACACAGGGAAGAAGUGGCUACGAAUGCUGGAUCAACGGAGACAUCGCUUAAUACAGCAAGAUCCACAGAUCAGCGAAGUUUGGAGAGGAUCUCUGCUGACAGACACGAGGCGAACCUGGAUCAAGACCCAGAUCUUGAAGAAAAGCCUCGAAUUUCUCUCAAGGCCGCCGCGGCGGUCACCGCUGAUCUCGAUGAGAACCUAGAUCCGUACACAACGGACAAGGACACGACUAAGUCGAAGUCCAAUCUGUCCACCAAGUCGACGGCCUCGACAAAAACGUACAAGAAAAUAAAGAUCAAGGCCGCUCGGACGAAGCUGAAGGCACCAGAUUCAGAAUCGGAAGAUGUGAAUAAACCGAGAUCUACUAUCGCCAAAGACAUGAUCGAGCAGGCUUACUAUCUGAAGAUCCUGAGCAAAACACUGCUGCAGGAUCCUGUCCUCGCGAUCAUACAGGUCCGCCAGAUCGGCGAUCUGACAGGCCCGAUAUCCAAGCCCAACACCAGCACAGACAGGCUGAAAGCGGUGAAGAUCCUGCUGGAUCUCCUUCAGGAGGCCGGUCUAGUAGCGGGAGAAUUCGAUCCAGAUGCCCUGUUCGAGAUGGAACUGGACCGGGUCGUCGCAUUACGCGUCAGCUACCUCGGAACCGGACUCAGAUUCUCCCCGAGCUCCGCAACGUAUUUCGCUAGGUCCCUCGGGUGCGAAGUACCUGAGAUCACGCGCGAACAGCCCGGAUCGACGGCCGGCAGGACCAAGUCGAACUCCAGAGAGCCCGAUCGGCAGGAAGAACGCCAGAUCCCAGCAGGACAAGCCACCCUGACCACCAACUCGUCCGGAUCUAGCAAUACGCUGGACGAAUACUUCCAGAUGGCGAUUAAUCGAUUCCUGAAAGAACAAAGUCAGGUGACGGUGCAACCUCCACCACUUGGUACGCAGGAUAUCGACAUGGAAUCAGUCGGCACCCUGGAUCCCCACUCCUGGGAACCUGAAAGAUUUACCGGAAAGGAUAUGGACGAAGAUCGCCCCAGAGCUUGGAUCGGCAAGGUGAAAUCGGCGUUCCAGCGAGAUCAAGCAACAGGAGAGAAGAAAUACCUCACGUUCGCGGAUCUGAUGCGACAGGAAUGUGUGGGAAUCGGUCACAACGUAUAUACUACGGAAGGAAGAACCAAGAUCAAGAUCACUCUAGCGGGAUAUCUGGUGGAUUUUUUCGACAUCUGGAUCGGGGAUCUCUCAGGACAGAACGCGAUCCUGGGCAUGGAUUUCAUGGUACCAGUCGGGGUACGGAUGUACCUCGCCGACGGAUCAAUGCGUUUACCUGACGAGGUCGGAAUACCGCUGAAUGGUCGUAAGAGACUAUACGGCGAGAUGGUGAGAUCAGUGAUCCUCGAGCGAUCUCUACGAAUCCCGGUUGGCCGGUCGGAAGAAACAGCGGCGAGGAUAAAAUUGUUGGCCACCGAGAAAUUGUGGGUGACCAGAGGAGAACGAUGGAUACCGACAGUGACGGAAGGCUCCGGUCGGAUCCGCUACCUGGUGAUCUCGAACAUUGGAGAAGAAAUCCUACGACUGGACCACCGUCUGGACGUUGAUGUGAUACUGGAUCAGGACAAAGUGCCUCGAUCCCCAGGGUUCGUGUCCGUCGGGGAGGGAUCCGAUGAUAUUGACAGAGAUCGAACGUUGACAUCGACCCUAGAAUCUCGACCGAGGGCGGGAAUUGCCGACGUAUCCCAGAUCGAGGCGGAAUCUCCCGAUCCAGAAAGGGGACGCCCAUCUACGCCAACGACCAGCCCCGAUGCCGAUCGAUACCUGAGCAGCGAUGCUGAGGGCGGCGGGAUAAGACGGAAGAAUCGGACUGGCAUCAAGGAUUUUGAGCCGAAAACGGAAAAUCUGAACUGUCAAACCCAGAUCAAACUCGAUCCCAGCGAAGUCUUCGAUGUCAAAUCCCCGAUCCACCCGACCGAGGGCGUCAACCUACGAGAUCCUCUGGCGGAAGGAGCACCGGAUGCCGAGGACGAAGAUGAGAUAUAUUACCACGAGAGUGGUGAUCUCUCAGCUGAAGAUCUCGAGGGAAGCCUCGCUGUCCUCCCCGAAAUCCCUAUCUCGAUGACCGCGAAGGUCAACAUCGAGGAUCUGCAGGUGGGAGACUCCGGAUCAGCUACACCCGAGGAGAUCGAGAGGCUCCAGCAGAUCAUCUGGAAGAAGCGACAUCUCCUGAUCGGCAAAGGGAGCGCCUUACCCCCGGCGGCCAAGGGUGUCGUGUGCGACAUCGAUGUCGGAAAUGCGAAACCGAUCGCACUGCGAACCUGGAAAGUUCCCACACGAUUUCGAGAAAAAGUCGCGGGCCUGAUCAAGGGCCUCCUAGCAGCCGAGAUCAUUCGACCCUCGACAUCGCCAUGGGCCUCACCGAUCGUGAUUGUCCGCAAGAGUAACGGUGUGGAUAUCAGCGAUCUGUUCGAGGAUCUCGAUAAGGCGUUAUGGUAUUGUUCACUGGAUAUGGCCAGCGGCUUCUGGGUCGUGCCCAUGACGGAUCGGGCUCGCGAGUUCUCCGCAUUUAUCACCCCGUUUGGAUUAUUCGAAUGGAGUCGCAUGUCUUUUGGUCUGAAAAAUGCCCCGCAGAUUUAUCAACGCCUCGUAGAGAACGCGUUGUAUGGAUUCCUGAAGAUCUCGAGAUCAGGCGAUGCUGGAACUACAACGGACAUGUUCCUGACAGGGAUCGCGGACGAUCCUGGUCGGGACUCAGUGUUGGGACGGAGAUCAUACAUUGACUGCAUCAUGAUCGCAGCAGAAUCGUGGGAUCAAAAGUGCCAAAGGGUGGAGUAUCUGUUGGAGGCUUGUGAUAAGUGGAAUUUAUCGAUCAGUGUGGCGAAGAGCUUCUGA